AUGGCGACUACUAAGGGUAAAAGUGUGGCUGCUGAGCCAGCAACGCUUGAAUUCCUAUUGGAAAGGAGGCGCAUCAAUCGGCAGAGAUACACCAAGUUGGAGAAAUCCUUGUUCCGAUAUUAUGAUGAUGUUCUUCCAGCAUUAGACGAUGAUGACCGUUCACCCGAGAAUGAGAUUAAAGUGAGGGCAGCCAUGUCUGCCAGAGAACAGUUGAAGUCAGCCUACAUGGACUUGCAAGAUACUCAAGACCAAGUGGAUUAUCACAGAGAUAACGAGGAGAGGCUGAACGCUAUGUCUGACGACCAGAGGAGAAGAGAAGAUAAAGAUGAGCAAGACUAUAGAGAGAGGUACUUCAACUGUGAUGCCAAGAUCCAGAGGUUGGAGAAAGACUGGUUCAGGCCAACAAAGGAGAGGAGUGAGAGUGAAGGCAAAGGAUCCCAUCAUAGUAGCCAGAGCAACAUUGAAGUGUUAACAAAGGGUUUAGCAGAGGUUUUUAAAUCCAUGAACAAUGGAAUAUCAGGAGAGCAGCUCACAACCAUCUUGUCAACUUUGACCAAGAAGAAGAGAGAGCUACCCAUACCAAAAUUUAGCGGCGACCCGCAUUUCUUUGAUCAAUGGCGAGAGCUGUUAGAAGCGGAGUUGGCGAAGCCAGGUUAUUCGGAGGUGGAAAAGACGCACUUUACCAUUACAUUACUAGAGGGCGAGUGUAGAAAGUUAGUAGCGGGUAUGAAAGAUCCUGAUUACCAAGACAUCCUCCAAGUUUUAGAAAGCAAGUAUGGUGACGUGGAGAGUUGUGUGCAGAAGGCUGUAAUCGAGAUAGCCAACAUGGAGGCACCGAGCUCCCUUGCACUAAAAGACAUGGAGCCAUUCUGCCAUAAGCUUGUGUCAGCAUGGAAUUAUAUUUUAAAGAAAACCGAGGCUCUAUGUGAACUAGACGAAACAAGUUGGAUUUUCACGGCAUUGGUCAGGCCCAAAAUUCCCAAAACACUGUUGCGAAAGUGGGAUGGCGAAAAGCUGAAGGCAAAAACAAAGUCGACUUUGCCUCUGAAAUUUCCCGACUUACUGGAAAGGCUACUCGAGGCCCUGCAAGUUACCCGAAGGACGGAAAUGGAGGGGGGAAAGCGACCAACCACAAGUAGUAGUACUUCACACUCACAGAAACCAGAGAAAAAACAUACUAGUACUAGUUAUGGCAAGCCAAGUGCAUAUGCAUUGAAUGUCAAUGCUACAAGUAACCCUAAAGCUGGACAAUCAAAACAGAAGACGCAGAGUCGAACUCACAAGUGCCCUGUAUGCCAAGAAGCACAUCUACUUUAUCAGUGCCAGACCUUCAAAGCCAUGAGUGUCAGUGAUCGCAUAGACAAGGUCAAGAGUUUAAAACUUUGUUUUAACUGCUUUGCUUCGCAUUAUGUCAAAGACUGUAAUUCAAGACACUGUCAGAGAUGUGGGAAGAAACAUCAUACCUUGAUCCAUUAUGAUCGUGAGCCAGAGCUACCGGAAGAAGAGCAAGUACAAGGUCUACGUCAAAAAACGGAAUUUCCCAAGAGUGUAGGACUUGUCAAGGCCAUUACAGGUCCAAAGGAGAUAUUGAUGCAAUCCACUCUAGCAAGAAUCGAAUCACGAGGAGCAAUUUCAGUGGCGAGAAUCUUAUUUGAUACAGGCAGCGGUGUAUCAUUCAUAAGUAACAAGAUGGCAAGAAAACUGGACUUGCGAGGACCCAAGGUUGAGGCAGAAUUUUCACUAGCCGGUGGUAACCAGAUGAGAUUGAAAACAGAGAGAGUUAAGUUUCAUCUAUCAAGCGCUAUUCCUAAUUGGAAAGGUGAGGAAUUUGAGAUAGAGGCCUACACAGUUGAUCAGCCUAGCAUGGACCUCAACUGCGUGAGAGUAGAUUUGUCAAAGCUGCAACACUUACAGGGAUUGCAGAUAGCAGACACAUACCCCCGUGAAUCGGCUGAAAUUGAUGUUAUGUUGGGGCUAGAGGAUACCACAAACAUCUUACUGCCUGUUAGAAAAACUGGACCACCAGGAAUGCCAACUGCCACAAAGAGUCAUUUUGGAUGGGUACUUUCAGGUAUCUGCCCAGUAGAGGAGCCAAACCAACGACAUGGAAGGAUUGGUAUGGUAAACACGUGUCAUAGAGUUUCCUUGGAGAAUGAAACUGACUUUGCAGCCAGACAUUGGGACCUAGAACACUUGGGAAUAUUACCUAAUGAGGUCAAGCACCAAGCCACAGAAUUGGAGACUGAUGCAUUGCAGCAGCAUCUUGAUAAUACCAAACUCGUAGAUGGUCAUUACGUCACAGGCGGAGACAUCAAGUCAGUGUGA